AUGGUAGAAUUCGAGCAAUACAACCGUUCUAAAUGGUUCUUCCUUGUUAUCAUUCCCGUACUUAUCAUUGUUGGUUUAUUCUGUUGGUAUUCUCACCGUCGACAACAGAAUCCACCCAAUCGAAAAAGAAAAGGACUGAUUUCGUCAGCAUCACUUCCAAAACCUGAACAUUUAUCGUCACCAGUCAAACCUAAUCUUCCAAUAAAAUCUCGAUCGAUGACUUCUUCACAUUUCACAAAUGCUGAUAUCGUUUAUCUAGACAAUCUUGUCCGAACAGCUAGCAAUCGUUCCCUAUGGCCGCAAGAUCAUCCUAAGCAUAAACUCCGUCGCAUACCUUCUGGACAAACACAUAAUAAAACCUAA